AUGGGGGGUUUGUUAAAUCGUCUCUGGUGGGGAGGAGAUCCGGAUGCUGUGAAUCCUGUAUCUGGUUUAUCCCGUAGAGAUGUGUUCGCUGUGCAGAAGUCCUGGGCGAUUGUAUAUUCCAAUCCACAAGCAAAUGGCAGCGAGCUAUUGAAAAGAUAUUUCCGAGCGCAUCCUGAAAGCAAAGAAUUCUUCAGAAUGCUCCGCAAAUUAAACGAAAAUGAAUUUGAUGCUAAUCAUCAGUUCAAGGCGCAUGUCAUGAGUCUGAUGAGCUCCUUGAAUCUAGCCAUUACUAAUUUGGACCAGCCGGAGGUGGUGGCGGCAAUGAUGAAUAAGCUUGGCGAAUCACACGGCAGGAGAAAAAUAGAGGAGCAAUACUUCCAUGAUCUCAAAGGUGUCAUCGUUAAAAUGUUCAUAGAAGUUUUAAAACUCGACAACAAGACUCUCACGUCCUGGGGAAAAGUGGUAGACUUCCUUUACAAACACAUCUUCGUAACUUUAAAACCUGAUUCUUGA